CUCCUCUGCUUUCUAAAGUUGAAUAGCAGAUUACUGUGAUUAUUCCUAAAGAAAUAAAAGGAAAAUUUGUAUCUACUUGAUAAGUUGCUAGAGAUUUCCUGGACAACUCGGGCUCGCGCAUGCCCACGAAUGUUAUCCCGGACGACCGCCAAUCGUCAAACGGUACGGUAAUCCACAGCAAUAAUCUGUUAGUCAUCAGUACAGCCAGUCAUUGCGACCAUCGCGUAAUCCACCCGGAUGAUCAACAGACGUCAACGGCAGUCGGCUCAGCAGUCGCUCGUGGUUUGCAUCGUGUCCAGGCUACUCCGCUGCUUCUCGACGGAGAACGAAUCUCGUAGUGACAGUAGUCGCCAGUCGUCGGCCAGAAGGUAUAUCACAACCGACGUAGCUGAGGAAGCCACGUCGCGUCCCAAAAAAGGGAUAGGAUAUAAAAGGGAAAGAGAGAUAAGAUAAAAGGACACCACUGCUUGUCCGUCCAGGAAACAUGACGACGGAGGAGAAGUUCAACGCCGCCGUGAACGUGAUUAGGAGUUUGCCGAAAAACGGAGCAUAUCAACCCAGCCAUGAGAUUAUGCUACGUUUUUAUUCAUAUUACAAACAAGCGACUGAAGGACCCUGUCAACAAUCUAAACCUGCAUUCUGGGAAGUAGUAAAGAAAGCAAAAUGGGAUGCAUGGACACGUCUUGGCAAUAUGAGCCGUACAGAAGCCAUGAAUAAUUAUGUGGAAGAAUUGAAGAAAAUUGUCGAGACGAUGUCUUACACAGAUAAUGUGGCAACGUUUCUCGGCAGUUUGGAUUCUUUUUAUGAAAGCGUACCAGCUGAGGAUUUGGAAUUACUCGUGGGACCAGUACUGGAACGUAUACGCUCCCAACCGGGAUCACCAUUGUCUGGUUCACCAUUAGUGUCGAGAGAAACAUCACCUCACAGAGUAAUAAAUGCUUCUCGGCACAUAACGAGUAGUUUGGAAACCAGUCCGACUAGCAGCCGCACUGCGAGCCCCCUGCCACAGGACACUGAUGGCGAAGAAGAGGAAUUUAUAGAUACUGUUGAAUCAGCGCCGGAGAGAGCGCAAAAAGAUGCACUUAAAUCCACUAUUGCUUCUCAAAAGGUACAAACCAUGGCAAAGAACGGAAUUGAUCAUUCAAGUACAGAAAAUAUUAUAAAAGAGAACAUUGAAUUAACUAAUGGAUAUAGCAACACUAACGGUUACGCAGAGACGAUAUCGGAGAACCAUAGAGAAAGAAGUAGACAGAGAACGAAGAAAGAUGAUAAUAAAGCUAAUGCAGAAUUCCUGAAUCAAAUCGCGACAACUAUGCAACAUCUACAGAGAGAUCUAGAUCGCAUAACGGCCAGAGUACGAGGUUUAGAAGGGCAAGCCUUACAAGCGCUGGCGCCUUCGCCAGAGCACACUGUUAGACGAAAAUAUCUGAAAUGGUGGCCGUUGCAAGAAUGCCCGCCGCGUUUGUUUGUCUUACUAAUUUUAUGGCCAUUUGUUGCUCACUUACUGAUCAACUUUAUGCAGCGUUAUCGCCAACGAAGACUGUGAUGUCACGAUUAUCAUUCCAGCUGAGCACACAUUUCCCAAUGUUUGGGUUAUUAAUAUUGCGUUAUAGUAUACGUGCACACAGAUUUUUUUUGUUUAGUUUUAUAUUCUUUAUAGAGACAAAGCUAUCCUAAUGCAAUCUACGAUUACAUUAGUAAACGUGAAUUGUGAUAAAAAUGUGACUAGAUCAAUCUCUGUAUAUUUUUGCAUAUGCGGCCUGUUUCGGAAGUUGCACUUUCUCUCGCCUGUAAAGUCACUGAAUAAUGGGUCGAUUGAUCACGGCGAAAGUUCGAUUGAAAGACACUUCUGUAGACACUUAUGUUAAGUAAUAGAUAUGGUUUAAUAUAUUGUUUUUUUUUACACAUUUUUAUAAAACGAUACAAAUAUUAUCCUAAAACACAUAUAAAAAGAUAUACAACUUGUGUUCUUUUUUAUACAUUCAUGUUGUAUUGUUUUAUAAUGAAGUGUCUAUGAUAUUUUUAUGUAUAUUACGUAGAUGUACAAUGUUUUACCGCAUAUUUAAAAAUAUGCGAAAUAAUGCAUGAAUAUAUGAGUUAUUUUAUUCCUUGUGUUUAUAUUUUAGAAGGAAGUUCGUGACUUCCGGAACAAUCUGUAUAAAAAUUAUAAAUCUAUAUUAAUGUUUUCUAAGGUGGAUUGUAUGUAAUAUAUUUAGUUCUUUAGUCAUAUAGAUUGUAAUAUAUUCAUACAGAGAAAGUAAAUUUGUACAUGCAAACGUGUACAAUAGUCAGGUUGCGUUUUAUGUAAAUUAUGUGGGUUUUUAAGAAAAAAAAAAAAAUUUUUUUUUGAAGUGUAUUACUAUCGACAUUGCGACAAUGAUAAAUAUUAAUUAUUAUUAAUACGGAUUAUAAUUCUAGUUUCAAAGGAAUAUUUAUACCGAAUGAAUGCGAAAUUUUAUGUACAUAUGUGCAACGUGAAAAUAUAAAUUUUUAAUUAA